AUGAAAGAUGAUGAAUACUCAGUGAUAGCAAUGAAGUAUAGGAAAGUUGAAGAAUCUCUAGCUAAGCGAAUGUCAGAAUAUACACUAGGCAAAAGAUGCAUUAAUCAGUAUUACAAUAAUGAUUAA